GGGCGCGCACGGCGUUGCCAUGGAAGCGGCGGCCGUUGGGGCAGGAGCUACGAGUCUGUUUGGCUCCGCGUCCCUUCCCUCUCGGUGUACAGCUUCUGCUGCCCGGGAAGGACUGCGGCCGGGCCUAGACAGGCUGCUGGCCUCGGGCAUCCGGCCCGUGUCCCUGCUACUGGCCCAAGCCGAGCUGCGGGGGGCAGAAUGCAGUCACACAGCAGAGAAUUGGACAGAGGCCACGAAGCAGCAGUCAUUGCACCAGAGGUUUUGAGAGAGACUCUGAGCAACACUGGAAAUGAAGCUGCCCAUGCACGGAGUGAAGACUGUCCUGUCAGCAGGGUGUCAGGACCAGAAGCAAAACUAGAAGGUUCUGAACAAGUAUCUGAAGAGAAAACUAUUGAAAAUGCAAUUGGCCAGAGGCAGUGUAAAGACAAUUUGAAUGACUAUAGCACUGGAGACACCCUCCAAAAAGUGCAAAAAGAUGUUAAAACUGAACAGAAAGCUAUCAACUGUACAUCCAGAGCAGAUCAACAGAAUGAACAAAAAUUGGUUGGUGAUCACAAGUUAGUAACCAGCUCAUUCACUCAAAAGACAGAAGAAAAAGGGGGCUGUGUAAGAAUGACAAAAAAGAUUCUGCAAGACAUUUGUAAGCAGCACAAAUUAUACCUGACCCCAUCCUUAAAUGAUACGCUUUACUUGCAUUAUAAAGGAUUUGACCGCCUGGAGAAUCUUGAAGAGUAUACUGGAUUGAGGUGUUUAUGGCUGGAAUGCAAUGGCUUAACAAAAAUUGAGAAUUUGGAGGCUCUGACAGAGUUGCGCUGUCUCUACUUGCAGCUCAAUUUAAUUAACAGAAUCGAAAACCUGGAAUCCUUACAAAAGCUGGAUUCUCUCAAUCUAAAUAACAACUAUGUCAAGACCAUUGAGAAUCUCUCUUGUCUAAAAGUACUGAACACUUUGCAGAUUGCUCACAAUAAGUUAGAAACAGUGGAAGACAUACAACACCUGCAAGAAUGCCCAAGUAUUUCUGUUCUCGAUCUUUCCCACAACAACUUAAGUGAUCCAAAUAUUGUAACUAUUCUGGAGACAAUGCCUAAUUUGCAUGUGCUGAAUUUAAUGGGAAAUCAAGUGAUUAAGAAAAUCACUAAUUAUAGGAAAACACUUACUGUUCGACUAAAACAGUUAACGUAUCUGGAUGACAGACCAGUAUUCCCAAAGGAUAGAGCCUGUGCAGAAGCCUGGGCUGUUGGAGGGCUUGAAGCUGAGAAGGCAGAAAGGGAAAAAUGGGAAACUAGAGAGAGAAAAAAAAUCCAAGAUAGCAUUGAUGCUUUAGCAGCAAUCCGGCAAAAAGCAGAGGAAAAGAAAACACAGAAGUAUAUAGAAGAAAGAGAUGCAGGUGCAAAACAUGGAAACGAAGGUGCAGCAGACACCCUAGAAGAUCCUCCAGGAGAGAAGACAGCUUCUGAAAGGGCUGUGGUUCCUGAACUGGCUGAGUAUGCUGAAAUCAAACAGAUCAAACAUGAGACACCAGAGAAGCUUCGACUUCAUGAACUACCUGAUUUAGAAGACAUAGAUGUAAAGGAAUUUCCUCCAGAAGAAGAAAUCUUUAUUCAAAAGCAAGAAUAUCACCCAAAGAUUGAAAUAAUUUCUGAAACGAUAAAUGAUGGUGAUUCUGUAUUAGAGGAAAGCAAUAAAACCACAUUUGAGGACUCAGUAGGAGAAGCUGCAACAUCCAUUUUUUCAAAUGCACGUAAGAUCCACAAAGAACAAGAAAAGGAGUGCUUUAUACCCCUUGUUAAAGAAUUCUUUACCGAGCCUUCUUAUUCAGGAAAAGACAAACCAGCUAAGUCCUGUAAAGUUCUGAUACAGGAGAUUAUCACCCAACCUACUGAUAAACUGUUGUCAUCAGUCUGCAAUCAGCCAGAUGAACCCAGCCCAUGGGAAGAGGAAAGGAAGAUCACCAUUGCUUGCUCUGGGAACAGUAGUGAUGGAGAAGUACAGUUGCUGACUGAAGGUGAAGAGUGUUGUCAUGAACCCUAUGACGACAAGGACAGUGAGAGGGAAUUAGACUGAUGGCAUUCAAUAGGACAGACCAUAUCUGGAGCGUCAUGCCUGGCUGACUGCGUACAAUUGUUCUCAAGAUGCAAAGUUCAGCAAUGGAACUUCUUGUUAAAACAGACCUAACACUUAUUAUAAAAACCCACUGCCUUAAACAUGAGUGUUUCAAUCAGUCAGAACUGAUGUGGCUCCAACACGUGACCAUCAGGGCAGGUAGGGAGUGCCUCAUGUUCCCCCUUCCAAAGGUGCUCGUCUCUUUGGGGCAGCUUUCCAGCUGCACUACCAGUAAAAGCAAGGGCACUUGUGUUUUAAGGUUAAAUUCCACUCUGUCAUGUCCUUUACUUUUCAUUGCAUCCUUCUAGAAAUGUUUCUUAUGUAACUUAUGGCUUUGUUACUUACUUAGUUUCAAUCCAUAUUGUGACACAUUUCUGUCAUUUGAACUAAAUGAAGAUUCUACUUGUAACCUAUCAUCUCACCAAUACAUGUCACGCUGGGUAGACUUUAAUGACAAACCAAGAUUUUAAGGAUCAAAUAUUCAUAGAUAUUGUGAUAGUUUACUCAAAAACAAAUGCAGAAAUAACGUCCAAGCAUGGAAAAUAUGAUUUUACCCUUUAAGGCAAUCUGUGGUGAAACAUCUACUGACGACUGCCAUUUUAAUGUUUUUUUCUCUUGACAAAAAAUGAAACAAAAAUAGCCAGGCAGUCAGUGGUAGAUAAAUUGAGUAUUAAAAGCAGACCAAAGGAAUUCUUUGUUCAGCAGCUUCUCUUUUACUCUACAGUAGUAGUUUUGUGCCAAAGUGCAGUGGAAGAGCAACAGCUCCUGAAGAGCUCUAUUUCCUCACAACCUCCCUCCUUUUAUUUUUUUUACUCUCCUUCUGAAGUAGAGAACAAAAUUCAAGGAAGUGAGGAUCACUGGAGGGUGGUGUUUCCUCUGUGACACCACAAUAACAACAGUAAUAAUAAUAAUAAAUAAUAAUUUGAAGAAAUGGCCAACUCUGGGCCAAUUCUGCUGCUGUGGCAUUCAUUACUUUCAUUUUCCUAGCAUGAAAGUGGUUACUGAACACUUCUAAGUGUCAGGAUAACGGAGGUGGCCUCAUCUUCAUGAGCUGACAUUGUCUUUGUGAUAGAAUCAACAACGGCAACGUGAGGAGUUAAGGUAAAUUUGUUGAGCCAAGUUUAGCUGAAUGUCUUUUUUCAUAUUUCUCUAAAUCUGUGAUAAUUUGUAGCAAAUAAAAUGACACAGACCUUG